AUGGAUGAUGAGGAGUUUGGAGCGCAGGCUGAGACAAGACGCCCGGGUCCGAGGAGAGACUAUCAGAGUGGCACGCGCGGCAGGGGGUUCGGCGGGACGGAGGUCGCGAUGCUCAUCCUCAUCGCCCACACGGGCAAGACCGUGGAGCUGGAAUGCGACGGAACCUCGAGGGUGGAUUCGCUGCUCCAAGCGUUGGCGUCCCUCACCGGCGUGCCCUCGGGCGACCAGCUGUUGCUCUUCGCGGGUCAGAAGCUGGAGCCGUCCAAGCCGCUGGCAACCUACGGCCUGCCCGAGGCGUCGGGCACCGCCGCGCCCGGCCCGAGGAGCAUCCACGGGGACCAGGUGCACCACGUCGAGGACGAGAAACCUCGCCACGUCUUCCUCUACUGCAAGAGCCUGCUCCGCCCGGACGCCCAGGCCCCGCCGGAGGAACCCUUCGAGGACGUCGCCGUCGACCCGCCCCCGCCGGCGCCGCCGCGGUCGGACGGAACGCACCCGCUCGACGACGCGUCCUCGCCGCUCAUUCGAGCGCUGCCCGACUACGAGAGGCAGUUCCGGCACCACCGCCAGUCCGCGGCGGCGGUGUGGAGCGCGACGCAGAUGAGGUUCGAGGAGUGCCGGCGGCUGGUGACGGAGAUGCACGUCCAGGCGCUCGCCAUAGACAGCGCCAGGGAUAACGUCGACCACCACUUCAACUACAUAUGUCGAUGCCAGGCUGAGUUUGAGCGUUCGCACUCGGCGCAAAACGCGGCGCACUCUGAGCUUCUGGAGUGCUUCGACCGGGACAUGGAGACGCUGGAGAGCACCGCGUUGCACCCCGCGGUCGUGGAGCACUGCGAGCGCAGGCGCGCGGAGGCUGUGAGGACCGCCUCCGAGACGGCCGCGACGGAGGGGGAAAAGAGCGGGCCGAAAGUCGCCGCGGAUCCGCCGUCGGUGACGGGCUCGGGAUCAUCCGCCGGGUCGGGCGACGUGACGAGUUCCACGGAGAGCGCGACGGGGGGCGAGGGUAAGACCCAAAUCGAGGGUAAGACCGGAGGGUCCGCGCCUCCGUCCCCGUCGAGGACACAGCUGGCGCCGCCCGCGAUACCGCCCGUUCGCAGGAACCUCCUCGACUGCGUACCCGCUGAGAGAAUCCGUCGGUGGGCGCAGGACUGCGCCAGAUCCCACGACGCGUUCAACGCCAAGGUUGCCGACUUGGCGGCCAUGUUUAACGCGCUGCACGCCACCACCGAGGAGCUGUUCAUGACCGGACCGGACGUGGACAUCGCCGCGCUCGAGGAGGAACUCGAGAGAGCGCAGGGAAAAUUGGCCGAGCAGGCUGCCGUGAUUCAGUGCCUGGACAAGGACCUGAACACGGUGGGAAGGCUGGUGGAGGAGACGGUGGGCGACCUCGCGUCCAACAGGGGCGGGACCGGGUCCGUGGGCGGCGGGGCCCUGGACGCGUGCGCGGCUCUCGACCCCAUGAACGAGCUCCACGUAAAGUCGCACCUUCCCGCGGUUGACGCCGUCGACCGCGAGAUGGCCGCUCUGCACUGGCACUGCGCGCAGUGCAAGCACGCGAUGGGAGCGUGCGUGCACCGUCAGCUGCAGAGCAUCAGCGCGCUGCAGUCCCAGAUCCACCAGACCCGGAACAAGCAGGCUGGGUUCAAGGAGUGGGGCAAGCGGCAGGAACAAAAGUUCAGGGAGCUGAGGAUCGCCAGGCGGAUCCCCCGCGUGUACCGAGCGUGCCUCGCCGAGGUGGCCAGGCGCGUCGCGUUCCAGGAGAUGUACGCGGCGCAGGCGGGUAAGCUGGCGGAGCGAAUGGCGCGGCACAGGGAGCGGGAGACGCGAAGGCGCGAGCAGUUUACCAAAUCGCACGAGAGGUACCUUCCCCCGGAGGUCAUCGCCGGCCUCGGUCUGUGCGCGCCGCCGCCGCAGUGCGAGGUGACGGUGACGCGAUCCGGGACGAGGGAGGGCGCCGACGUGGGGACCCCGCCGUUGGCGCGCGUCACCGAGGAGGACCUGAGGCGCAUCGGGUCGGAUGCGGCGGCGGCGUACGUCGAGGAACUUCCGUCGCCGCCGCCCUCGCCGAUGGUUGGAGUCGGAGCAAUAGAAGUUGGAGACGACGCCGCAGAACUCCUCGGAUCCCUCGCGCUCGACGACGACGAGGGGGACGAGACGGACGAUGACGAGGACGAUACCGAGGACGGGGAUAAGGACGGUGAUAAGGACGGGGUGUCGCUCGGCGACGGGGCGAUGACCAGGAGCCGCGCGGGGCGGGACGGGGACUUGUACCUGGAAAACGCAAGACUACGAGCGGAUCUCGCCGCAAACGUGGCUCUCCUCGCGACGAUCGAUUCGGACAGAGUUCGCGUAUUGAGCAAGUCCGCGCAGACGUCGCAGGUUCUCCCCUCGGAGAAUGAGCUCGGGCGGGAGCCUGUGGGGGUUCAGACGUCGCGCGGGAGCCUGGGUCCGAUGGGUGCGUCGACGAUGGGUCGAUCGAUGCAAACCGCGCGGGCUUCGACGGAGGGCGUCGGGGUGCAGACGUCGAGGACCCUUCGCGCGCCCGCGGAGUCGGAGGGGGCAUCCACGCAGACGUCCCAGGUGCUCGAGUCCGAGGAGGGCCGAACCGAACGCGCGCGCUGGCGCGUUGAGGUUCGAGCUCGGCAGGGUUACGCGCGCGCUCCGGCAGCGGGAGGCGCGCGUUCGGUCGUUGGAGCGCGAGGCUGACGCGACGCCGUCGCCCGCGCGCGGCGUCGUCGCCGACCCGGGCAGGUCGCCGACGCCCGAUCCCCUGUCGGCGCUCAUGUGAACGGACGACGCGAUUGAUUCACCUACUAUCGUGACUACC